CUGUUUCUGGUCGACCCCCGAGGCUAUGACAGCCUCGCAGCUCACGUCCAGGCUCUCUAAUAUCAGCUUCAGUACCUCUUGUCCGCCCAGAGAGUACUACCGGGACUUGUAUUUCCACAAUCAUCAGGAGCCGCAUUGCCGAAUUGCACUAGCAUGGCGACAGCUUCGAUAUCCGCGUCCAAGGCCGCCGUGACUGUGCAGCUCUCGCUCGGGAACAGCGUCGGCAAGACCGAGCAGCGGCGAUGCAGCAGCUCUCUCAAGACUCUACCCCUCUCGGCAGGACAGGCUUCUGAAUUCGGAGCGUCUGGAUCCCUAUGCAGUAAGAACGAACUUGCCAGCACCAUCUCCGCAGUCAGGAGCGCCAUCCCCAGACAGGGAGGAGCGUUCAAGAUCAUGGCCUUGGCACAGAAGGCAGAGUACAUCUGGAUGGAUGGACAGGAGGGUCAGAAAGGGAUCCGCUUCAACGAAAUGCGAUCCAAGACCAAGGUGAUCCAGGAGCCCAUCAAGGCCGGAUCUUUGGACUUCCCCAAGUGGUCAUUCGACGGUUCCAGCACUGGGCAAGCAGAGGGGCGAUUCUCCGACUGUAUCCUGAACCCCGUGUUUAGCUGCCUUGACCCCAUCCGCGGGGACAACCACGUGCUGGUUCUGUGUGAGGUGUUGAACCCCGACAGCACACCCCAUGAAACCAACACCCGGCGCAAGAUCGAGGAAUUGUUGACCCCGGAUGUGCUGGCAGAGGAGACACUGUUCGGAUUUGAGCAGGAGUAUACGAUGUUCAACAAGGCCGGAAAGGUAUACGGGUGGCCAGAAGGAGGUUUCCCACACCCACAGGGCCCCUUCUACUGUGGAGUGGGUCUGGAGGCGGUUUACGGGCGACCUCUGGUGGAGGCGCACAUGGAUGCGUGCAUCAAGGCUGGGCUGAAGAUCAGUGGUAUCAAUGCCGAGGUCAUGCCGGGACAGUGGGAGUUCCAGAUCGGCCCCGCUGGACCUUUGGAAGUGGGUGACCACGUCAUGAUCGCACGUUGGUUGCUUCACCGCUUGGGUGAGGACUUCGGCAUUACUUGCACGUUCGAGCCCAAGCCCAUGGAAGGUGACUGGAAUGGUGCUGGAGCUCACACCAACUACUCGACGAAGUCAAUGAGGGUGGACGGCGGUAUCAAGGCCAUCCACGCCGCCAUUGAGAAGUUGUCCAAGAAGCACGUGGAGCACAUCUCCUCAUACGGGUUGGGCAAUGAGCGUCGUCUGACUGGAAAGCACGAGACUGCCAACAUCAACACUUUCAAAUCGGGGGUCGCAGACAGAGGUGCAUCGAUCCGUAUCCCUCUUGGAGUGUCUCUUGACGGCAAGGGUUAUUUGGAGGAUCGCAGACCCGCGGCGAAUGUGGACCCUUACGUGGUGGCACGCAUGCUGAUCCAGACGACUUUGAAGAACUAGGGUGUAGAUAGGAUUUGGGCGAUUAUUGUAUGGAAGCGGGGAUCCAUUUUUGCACCUUUGCGGGGGCUUAGAGUAGGAGGCCUGCACUUGGUGUGGACUGUAGUGAAGAUGUGCAGCACGGGUGUGGACAAGUAGUGAGGCUAGUGCUAGCGCGAGUGCCCUGGAGGCGUGUGCUUGAAGUACGUCUGUUGUCAGGACAUGAUCCACCUCAGAGCCAACUGUGUAUUGUAUGUAUCUUUGUGCAUCGAUGGGAUAUACGUGGGUUAAGUA